AUGGCAAGCGGCGCGCGAGGAACGCGAGGAAGGGCGGCGCGACCUGGACCAGGUUCGUGGAGGUCCUCGCCACGUACGCGCUCUUCACCUCGUACGCGCGCUAGUGCUAACACUCGAACGACCGUUACGGCGACGAUCAAGGAAGCCCAAGCGUCCGAUCCCGGAGCUUUUCCUGACAAGACCGAGGUUGCGGCCACCGCCAACGACGCCGCAGGCAUGGAGCAGGCCGCGGAUGCUAGUGAAGCGUCUGUUGUCGAGCAGCCGGGCACUCACGACGGCGUCGCAGGCGUGGAACAGGCCGCAGAUGCUGGUGGAGCGUCUAUUGUCGAGCAGCCGGGCACUCACGACGACGUCGCAGGCGUGGAGCAGGCCGCGGAUGCUGGUGGAGCGUCUAUUGUCGAGCAGGGUGUUGGCAUCACUGUGGUGGGCGACGCUGCCGAAAUGAGUGACUGCAAAGAGGCUGGGGGCGUGUACAUCCAUUUGAACGACGAGGGCGGAAGCGAAUACGGUGAUGCGGAGCAUGAGGCAAGCCAAGCUGGGGUUCAAGAUUCGGGUGGCGAAGAUCAAUCUAUUCAGGAUUCUGUCCAGGAUUUCGUCCAGGAUUUCGAGUCGGACCAUGCCAGAAGCGCUGGGUCGUCUUCUCAGUCGGAGGCAAGCAAGGUUACGGUUCUAGCUCCGCAAACGUGGCACGUCGACUGGAAGGCGUGGCAGGUAUACUUUGACGAGUACUGUGAAGAGACGAUGCAAGUGAUCUCUAUACUCGAAACCAUGGGUCGUGCAGAGCGUAACAGACGGCUCAAGAAGACGAAAAAAGGGGUUAAUGAGGCGUUACUGAUCCCAGAAGGCCUUGAUCCGUAUCAGAGGACCUACAUCUGUACGCACGGGUGGCCACAGAGGAAGUCUCGAGGCUCGGGAAAGCGUCCACGUCAGUACAUCCGCGAGAUGGACUGUCCUUUCCGGUUUGUGGUGCAGUGGCAGCUGCACAAGGGCGAGUGGAAGCUAGGUGUGAAAUUGGGGAGGUUCUCUCACAACCAUUCGGUCAGUAGCGAUACAUACGCGACGUACCCGUGUGCCCGCGGUGUUAGUGAUGUUGUGGUUGGAGCACGAGUGGAGGGUAUGCUGGCCGUCGGUGCUAAACGCUCCAAAAUCUACGACUACCUGCUCGAGCAUGACCAGAAUGUGAUCAAGGCCGACGUGGACAACAUGGUGCAGAGUUUUGCUUCGUCGGUGUCAUCCCUGGACGACAACGAUGCUACAGCAGCCCAAGUUGGCGCUCUAGCUGCUGCAGACAAAAUGAGCUGUACACGUAUUGCUGAGACCGCGACUGGAGAGACUGGAGUUCUAUCGAUGUCUACAGCGUUCAUGCGUCAGAAUUUCAGCCGUUUUGGUGAGUUCCUGCUAGUGGACUGUACACACAAAACGAAUCGGUACGCAGUCUGUUUCCUGAGAUAUUAG